AUGCGCAAGACGUUACAUUCACUAAUUCUUCUGGCUAUCGUGGUGCUUACGACACAGUCACCGGAUUUUGCCGAAGCGCGAAUCAACCCCAUAAUGAGGUCUGUCCCGACACUACGUGUUUUUGCAGAAGAGAUCUUUGGAAAAGAGAUUUUUCUUUGUGGUGAGGACUCGAAGAAGAAAUGGAUAUUUUGAGGUAUUGGUCGCAGCAGCUGCCAGCACGGCUCUCGGUCCUGAGUAGAGAAGGUCCAGCUUAUCGGAACUGCUUCCUCUCGCCUAUCCAAUGUAACCUGCCAGUUCAAUCGGUCAAUCCACAGCUGAGCCGUGGUCAGCGGAGUCCAGCCAAUACGGAUGUCGUCCAUCUCCGUCGCCUCCUCUACCCAAGCCAGUGA